GAAGUGCGUGACGGCGAGGCCGGAAGUGGCGGCAAGGCGCGGCCGCCUCCUGAGAGGCGGAGGUUUUGGCUGGUUGCGGCCGGGCACCGUGAGGGGAAGAUGCCCGUGGCGGUGAUGGCAGAGAACUCCUUCAGCUUCAAGAAGCUCCUGGAGCAGUGCGAGACCCAGGAGCUGGAGGCCCCUGGAGGAAUCGCAACCCCCCUUGUUUAUGGCCAACUUCUAGCUUUAUACCUGUUGCAUAAUGACAUGAAUAACGCACGAUAUCUAUGGAAGAGAAUCCCUCCUGCUAUCAAAUCUGCAAACGCCGAACUUGGUGCAGUUUGGUCAGUAGGACAAAGAAUCUGGCAGAGAGACUUUCCAGGAAUCUAUACAACAAUCAGUGCCCAUCAGUGGUCCGAGACGAUUCAACCAAUCAUGGAAGCGCUUAGAGAUGCAACUAGGAGACGAGCCUUUGGACUGGUUUCCCAGGCAUAUACCUCAAUAGUUGCAGAUGAUUUUGCAGCCUUUGUUGGACUUCCUGUAGAAGAAGCUGUGAAAGGUGUAUUAGAACAGGGCUGGCAAGCAGACUUUUCAACUCGUAUGGUAAUGCCUAAAAAGCCAGGUGUGCUGGAAGCUUCCUUUAACAGAUUUAUUCCUUCAUCAGAACCUGCUCCAGUUCCACCAAUUCCAAACGAGCAGCAGUUGGCCAGACUGACUGACUAUGUGGCUUUCCUUGAGAACUGAUUACCCUGCUCCUACAUUCAGAACAACUUGGGAAUCCUGUGUACUGACAGUUUUAGAAAUCGAAGAUUAAUUUUAUUUCAUGUCUGUUAAACGUUGCAACGUCCCCUACUCAAAUGUGCGAAGUAUACAGUGUAUAUUAUCCCAAUUCGUGUUUUGCCAAAGCCAAGCUCGCAGUCGAAACAAUCCUUUAUCUCCUGUUAUAUUUAUUUAGUAGGUACACAGCAGUAUUACAUAGUAAGGGUUUUUUUAUUGACACAUGGCAAAGAGAGACAAAACUCUUUUCGGGUAUAUUAGAAAUGGAGAAGGUAAAGAGAACAAUGAAGCAGGUUAACUGCGUUGAGGAAUUUAUGCUAGUAGGUUACGUGCUUCUGUGGGGAGUACUGCAGUGCUUAUCAGAGAUAAAUUGCAUGUUGAACUAAAGCACAGAGGCGAAGACUGCCCUAUCCGUAUCUGCAGAGAGAAAAUAUUUUGAUAAAACAGUGACUUAAAGAAGAGAGCAUUUUACAGGAACUCUUUUGCAAGUGUAUUUGUGGCAUAUUUAUAAUGGAUCUUUUGUCUUUCUGGAUGGGUAAAUCUUUGUGUUUUGGUGUGAGAAUUUUCACAUCAGGCAUAUUUUUACUAUAGGAUAAUUCAUGCUGUUUAAGAAAGGCAAAUCUUCACUUUGGGGAAGAAUUUUUACUUUUGGAAAGUUUUAUUUGAGUGACGUAGGAUGCAGAUAUUUUGCUGAGUAACCAUUCACCUUCUUGAGGCCUGUCAUGUCUUGGUUCUUUUCAGUACACUGGGCCAAGAAGUGACAACUGUUCCCUGUCUUUAAGCUUUCUGGAUUACCUCUGCAGUUAUUGGAGAGGAAUUUAAAAAUUAGAGUAGUUAUCCCUGAGUAGAGACCAACUGGAUAAUAUUUUACACUGCAAUGUCAGUUUGAGGAAUACAUUUUCUAUAUCGGAGCACUGCUACGCUAAUCUUAGAGUUGAGAAUGGAUUUUAGAAGCAGAAGGAUGAUUUAUAUUCCCAGGCUGCUUAUUCUUCUUAUGCUGGUAAAAAGGUUAUGGGAAAAUAGUGGUGCUCCUCUCCCCUUUUCAACAUCGUAUUCAGUGGUUUCAUCCAAGAUGGUGAGUGUGCCGUACGUUGUGAUUGUUUUUUCCAGUGUGCACUACCUACUGUACAUUCUCUUGUUGGAGGUGUGUUAGCAGGGAGGAAUUAUGAACUGUGCACUGCUGCUUUGAGAGCUCCCUUUAUGUGUAAACACUUAUUCAAAAUGGUUAUUUAUUUGAAACCCACCUAAGCCUUGGAUUUCUAAAUUUAUCUUCAGUGAUAUUAAAGAACAUGUUUACACUGACCUUGUGUACUUGGGUUUUUUUUAAUUUUCCUUAGAGUGCAGUUCUGGCUUGGUGAGGUUUUUUAAUGAGUUCUUACUGGUCUAAUUUGGAUAGGGCUAAUUAAGUUCAGUGCAAUACACUAUGCCUAGACACGUAUUUUAAAGGUCUUUGUGCACAGCAGUUGUGUGGUUUUUAUAUUAAAAAAACACUGGUACCCCUCAGAUGCCUUUUAAAAUACUCAAAGAUGUGAAGAACCUGAGGAACCAAGUGAAAAUUUCCCCUUCUCUGUAUGUAUUGUGCAGCUCUGCAGUUUAUAGCACACCAAGACAAGCCUGCUUGCAGCAAUGAAAGUUGUGUAAAGUAUUACUAACCGCUUGCACUUAAUGAACAGAAAUAGGAGAGGAGCAGUGUGGGCACUGGUGAUCUGUGUCUGUCUCAAAUCUAGUGUCAGAUCUAUGUCAAACAUAGCAAGUUUGAUUCUUCUCUGGCCAGUUCUAGCAAAUGCAUAAUUUUGAAAUCUCUGGUCUGCUGUAAAAUUCAAGCUGGCUCUUACCUUUGGGUAUGGCAUAAACUCAUAAAAGCCUGGAUUGCUGUGCUCCCAGGUAUGGUUUUAUUGUUUGUACUUCUUUGGAAUCUGAGAUAUUUCAGAUCUUUUUCAUCCUCAUUGCCCUUUUAUCGUGGUUUCUGGUUCACAAAUACUCUUUUUCAGAUGGGCUGCUCGUUGCCCUGCUUACUAUUCAUGGAGUGGGCACAGCGUGGCUUGUUGCAACAGCAGAAUAUUUUCUAUUUCUUCUUAGUUCCUUACUAAGAUUAGCUCUGUUCUGACAUCUCUUGAGCUCUGUCCUUUCUCGGAGUGGUAAUGACAAUGACUUGGGUGUCUUGCAUCAACCGUGAUAACUAGGUUAGGGCAUA